UUGGCGGGCGGCCUUGGCGUGUCGCGUCCAUUCGCGUCUGUGUUAUUGUCUCGACGUUGUGGCUACUUUUCAAUUUUCGGCGGAUUUUUGUGUGAAAGGUGAACGACGCAUGAGGGAUUCUUGAUCAAACGAACUGUGAGUGUGAGUGCACAAGAAAAAUCGUCAAAAUCGGUCAACAUCUGACCUAAUAACACAGAAGAGAACAAAACAUACGGACGCUAUGAACUUUCACACGGGCACAUAGGCUAGUAGCAGUCUGGUAGCAGUGGAGAUAAACGAAGGUGUAUCCCGAUUUUUCAUCAAAACACGGUAGACUCGAGGAAAAAUGCAGAAAAUGAACAUAAAAACUGAUCCUGAGGGGCCUUGUUAUGAAUUGGUUGACCACGUUAAAAUAGAGAUGACGAAACCUCAAGACGCAAUGAACAACCCAUGGACACAUCUUACUGAGGCUUCGCAUGUUGAGAACUGGAGGACCCACUUGACUGAAUUGAAACUUGAAGAACAAUUGAAACGGAUGCAAGAAAAGGGCGUAUUAGUAGACUGCGCUGUAAAUUGUAGAAGUAGCCAUAGCAUUAGAUGCCACAAAUUGUUUCUGGUUCGGAUAAGCCCUGUUUUAGAACAGAAACUAGCCAACUCAGAUAUUUUAUUUCUGGAUUGCGACACUGACACAUGUGAAGCUUUGAUAAGAUUUGCCUACACAAACGUUGUUGUGUGUCAAAGUACAGAGUUAAUUUUAAACCUCCACCGGCUUGCGAAGAAGAUCGCAUGCGAUCGUCUGGCGAACAUCUGUAUUUUGAAAUACAGAGGUAGCUUGAAGAUUGAUACUGCAAUUCAAGAUUUUGAUAUGCUGGACGUUGAAGAGGAUAUUGAUUUGACACAACAAUGUUUAGAGUUCAUAGCCACUCACACAGAUGUUGUGUUAAACCAAACUCCAUUCAUGUAUAUGGCCAACGAACAAACAGCAGGAUACCUCUCAAAAAUGAAAAUCCGGAUGUUCUUGUCUGAAGAAAAUAUGAACAUUUCUUCAGAACUGAUAUUAGUGAAUGCAUUAGAACUUUGGGCUGAAAAGCAAGUAAAGUUGCAGGGGAAGCAGUGCUCUCACAACACCAUAAAAGAUACGGUGGCAUUGCUUCUACCUAAAAUCCGAAUUCUGACCUUAAAUCAAAAAGAAUUGAGAGAAUGGUUCAGUAAUACCAACAUGUUGACUGAUGACGAGAAAAUGUUAGUUUGUGCAUACAAGGAAAAGAGGCUGGACACGAACAGUCUUCCACCGUUUGUAAAUAGGAAUGAGUUGAAGAGAAAUGCCAUAAACACAGCAGUGAAACACACGCUAGUGCUUCCUCAAGAAAGCUUCAAGAGUCCAAAUGAUGGAGAAGUUCCUCAAACUCCCCUUACUCCUGUCAUAACUGCUGUACCAAGUACAUCCAAGCAAGUCGUUCCAUGUGAUUCCGGAACAAGAAAAAGGGGAAUGCAUCACAGAAACCCUUCUGCAGAGGGUCCGAAUAAAAGGAGAAGUUUCGAGAAGGUGAAUGGAACGUCACCCUGCAGUACGCACUCAAAAUCAGAGUACAAAGAAUCAACUCACUCAGUCUGGAACUACAGCUCUGAUCAGAAAAGCACCAGCAAUUCUGGGACGACAGGAGAACCAGGCCAAACAGAUAUUAGCUUAAUAACUUUAGAGUCGCCGGAAAAACUCGUCCCCUUUGACUGCGCCCUGUUAGUUAGAGAUGCAGAAAAUAAAAAUUAUUUUAAGACGUACAAACUGCACCGCAUCUUUGUUGGACGUUUCGGUGGCUUUCUGUAUGACCUGAUAAAUGGACAGACAUCGGAUAACUUCAUACUAGAUGUUAGUAACCGCCCUCCUUUGCCUCUGUACAAACUUGAAAGUGACGUCUCUUUGGACAUCUUUGAUAUCAUAAUUAAGUAUUUAUACAAUGAUAACUACAGUUGUAGCCCAAAGGAGCUUCCUCGAGUGUAUUCCCUUGCCAAAUACUGGAAAAUGACGCCGAUAUUGAAGAGGUGUGCCAAACAACUUCAUUAUUCUCUAACUGCUCAUACUGUUUGGUAUACAUUGCAAGUCGCUCAGGAACUGAAAAAUAGGCAUCUAGAAGAAAAAUGCUUUGAGGAGAUUAAACGUCAACCUUUGAAAUGCUUUGAUAUCACUGCUGAUGAACUGAAAACUAUUAGCCCCUAUGUAGUGAGAAAGAUCUCUGAAUUGUCCACCAUCGAUGUGAGAUCAGAGGCUGAUAUCAUAGUAUUUGUGGAGAACUGGGCCAGAGCCAAGCUGACUGCGCCGGGAAAUGAACCCAACAAAAACCAAAUUCAAAGCUUCCUUUCCAAUAUCAUUCCAAACUUGCGCUUUUUGGCCAUCUCUCUUGAAGACUUCAAUGAGUUCGUCAGCAAGACGGAACUAUUGAAAGAGGAUGACCGAAACGCCGUGUUCGCGCAUUUAUCAGGCAACCCCAGAGGAAAACACAACAAGGAACUGUCACCCUUCAUCAACCAGAGCAAUUCCAGUAGAUUCAAAACGUACCAUACUGGACCAACCUUGUAUCGGUCGUACAGCAUCUUGAAAAAUGGGUUUAAACCUGUGCAGCUGAUUGUAAAUGAUAGUUCACCAGGAUUUGCUGCAAUACAGUUUACUACAGACCAGCCUGUUAAUUUGCAUGGUUUCACGAUACAAAGUCAGUCAUCCCUUGAGAACGCGAGUCACAAUGAUUACCUGGAGAACAUGCAUGUCACUCUGUGGAGCUUAGAUCUGGUUAAAAAGAAGCAUACACUUAUCAAAUUGCUAUUAAAAGAGUUCAAGCCGCAAGUUUGUUACAACAGGAACAUCAAACUUAUGUUUGACCAUCCUGUUCCAUUGAAAACUUCUCCCAUCCGAUGGUAUGUUCUUAUGCUGAAAUUGAAAAGUAAAGGAUGCUACAGCUUUAAAGAUAUCUCGCAAGUUGAGACUAGGCCAGUCAUACGUAAAUUCAUGGACGUGCAAUUUAAAUGUCUCAAGUUUGAGUAUGACUGUGGUUAUGCUGGCAUCUUUGAAUCUCUGCUAGUGUCAAAGAUUGAUGCGCCUAUCCCAACUUGAUUGUAAUAUAUGCUUCCUCUUAAAACUUUGUCGAGUUUGAAUUUUGAUUUAAUUUACCUUAUUAGAUUAGUCAAGUCAGAGCAAAUGUACUCAAUUAUACAAAGAUGUAAAUUUGUACAGCUAUUUAUAAAAUAUGUCAAACCUGAAUUAUAUAAAACAUUUUAAUGAAAAAAAGCUUUCCUGUUUUAAUAACCAUGUGCAUUGAUUUUUCAAUGGAAAAUAGCUUGGAUGCUCAUGCCGAUGUCCUAGUGAGCACUUAAAAAGAUGGAGUAUAUAUGUUGUGUCAACCUAGAAGAUACAUUUUACCAAAAAGUACUUAAUUAGUAACGUAUUUUUUUCAAAAUCAAAAAGAAAAUCGGCUUUUUCAACAAUUUUCGUCAAGGCUGAUUGCAAAUUGUGAUCAUUUAAAGAGGCAAAAUAGUAGAAUUAUGCCCAGAAGCAUAAUAAUUAUAUCUGCAGAGACGAAUAAGAAUCUUAAUGAAUACUCUAUUACUAAAAAUGUUCAGCAAGUUGCCAUUCAACUAAAAUUUUGUUAAAUAAAAUGGAUGCUGCAGUGCAGUGCUGAAAUGAGCUUGAUGAUGAAAUUAGUUCAGAAAUGAAAACCUUGCUUUUUUGUCUAACCAGGACCAUGACAUGUUGGUCUGUGUCUGUGCCCUUAAUUAGUAGUG